UCCCUCCUUUAUCUUUCUCAACACACUCCUUUUUCUUUUUUUCUUUUCAUCAUAAUUAUUAUUACCAAAUGGAAACCAUGAAAAUGCAAUUAACACAAGAAAUUCACCAAACCCAAUUGCAUUUCAUGAACAAACUCUCUCCAAAACUCAAACCCACCAUUGAUUUCAGGUCCUUUAUCUGUUUCUCUUCUCUUUCCCAAACCCAAAACCCUGAAAUCGUAGUUCCUGUUAGAAAGCGUAGGGUUGUGGCUGCUACUUCCAAUGCUAAACUCAAGGAAAAUUGGUUGUCUUCAAUCUCUUACUCUUCCCCAGAGAAUUCAACUCAUCUUUUGAAUCAAGACAAAAUUGAUGCCUCCAAAUGGUUCCUUGGAAUUGACCCAGAUGUUUCUGGUGCUGUUGCGUUGUUGAAAAUCCAUGAUUCUGUUUGUUCAGCUCAGGUAUUUGACUCUCCUCAUGUGCAACUACUUGUUGGAAAAACAACACGAAAACGUUUAAAUGCCAAUUCUAUUGUUCAGUUGGUCCGUAGUUUUGAUGCCCCAGCUGGAACCACUGCAUAUAUAGAGCAGUCAAUCCCUUUUCCAAAAGACGGGAAGCAGGGCUGGUGGAGUGGAGGAUUUGGGUACGGACUAUGGAUUGGGAUCCUAGUUUCCUCAGGCUUUACUGUUGUUCCAGUGCCAUCUUUUACUUGGAAAGCGAAGUUUGAACUCUCCGGAAGCAAGACUUCAAAGGAUGAUAGCAGGAAACUCGCAUCUCAAUUAUUUCCAUCACUUAGUUCCUUGUUAACCAGGAAAAAAGAUCACGGAAGGGCAGAGGCCUUAUUAAUUGCUGCAUAUGGCAAAGACCAAAACAAAAGCCAUGAACCUACUGAUACUAUCACUGACGAAAUCUAAAAAUGUACGUAUAUAUCAGCUUCUUCCCCUCCCUACUUCUAUCUUUCUCCCCUUUCAUUGAUUUGACUGUCAAUUGUAACUGUCCCAAUUACUAUUGUAUACUAUAGUUAUUUAUUACAGUAUUAUUGAAAAGAUCAAGAGUUUAUUUACAGUCGAUUUGUAAUUUAUCUUAUGAUACAGAUCUCUUCCAAUUUAGCCAAAGAUUUCUAGUUUGAACCCUGAAAAUGAAACAUUAAAAUCCUUAAUGAAAAAUUUUGGUACUCAUGUAGUCUUAACAUGCCUUAAAAGUUGUGAACUGUGAUACUGGUUUAUGAAAAUAGUUUACGACAUGUUUAUAUAUAUGUUGUUUUCAUCCAUUUGAUAUGAAACAAAAUAAUCCACGUAUUGAAGUCCAGCAUUGGAGCAGUUUUUGUGCGCGGAUUUGGUUCUUGGCAGUGACAAUUGCAAAAACCUCUGCGCCGCCAUCUUUUGAUAAGCUACUUUGUCCAUGAGCUGUUUUAGUUACUUGAAGCCUUUACAUCGUUCAAAAUGAGCGUCAUCUUUCAAUACACUGUUUGGCCUCUUGAAAUUUUGUCCAAACCACUUUUUUUUUCUUUCCAUAACCCUAUGUAUCUUCUUCAACUAUGAAUAUUUGAUUAUAUCUUGAAUAUUCAUCCAUUAAACUUAAAAUCUCUUUACCAGA